AUGAUUCAAGUUUGCAACUUCAAAUCCUCGUCUUGAUUACUUGACCUAUUUCCGGUGAAAGCGCGAACAAGUCUUAGCUGACGAUGGGGCUCUGCAACAGCCUCGAGGAAUAUCCCACUCUAUUGCGGCGCUUGGCUCGGCACAUGGGCAUUCGCAUCUGCAUCUUGCUCUUUGGGUUUUGUUUUAGCGGCAGUGAGUCGGGCCUUACCAUCCCACGCGAUAUUAGCAGCAAAAUUACUUUCAAGUUUCUUGUGAUUGGGGUCUGGCGUCGAUGCAUCAUCACUACACAAUGAUGCAUGCGUCCCAUAUUACUAUCGUUGGGCAUGGCUCACUGCCACGCGUGCUGCCCGAUGCUCUGGUAUGAAGUGGAGCCUCCUUCCUCCCUUAGGUGUAUACCACAUUCAGGUGUCGCAACGAGCGUUUCUUCUUUAGCGUCAUCGAAUCGAUCACUAGGGAAAUUAGACAUGUCUCUUCUGGACAACGUAGGAUUGUCAAAAGAAAAAAGAGGAUUCGUUGCGGGAACAACUGCCGUGACAGAUGAGCUGACUCGGCACGCUUCUGAUGUGGGUCUUUUCCGCGCAGGGCAAUCAGGCACAUCACAAAUGAGUGAUGAUGCCAAAGGGAUCGGCCUGUCCGAGAGUAAGGUAGUGUUGUGCGCUCCCUUCGUCCUGACGUCCGCGUGGGUUGAAGCGGCUCUUUCAGCCGCACCGUUGCUGUCCAGUGUCUCCAGAAAGUGAAAGAGAAUAUGGGAGACGUUACAACCUAAUGAAAUCACUAGCUCUUGCGAAUGCAGCUCUGUGAGUUAAGAGACUUUCAGAUAGUUGGUACUUGCCAACUGCACUGAUACCACAAGGCAAACCUUGACAUA